AUGUCUGCGACAGCGAUGGCUAAAGUCAUGAUCCUCAUGCUGGCCGUUUGUCUUCUUGCCCAAAUAGACGGGAAACCCGUUAAGAAGAGAGCUGUCAGUGAAAUACAGCUGAUGCACAACCUAGGCAAGCACCUGGCCUCCAUGGAGAGGAUGCAAUGGCUGAGAAAGAAGCUGCAAGAUGUGCACAAUUUUGUCAGCCUUGGAGUUCAAAUGGCUGCCAGAGAUGGUGGUUUCCAGAGGCCCGCCAAGAAAGAGGAAAACGUCCUUGUUGAUGCCAACCCAAAAAGUCUUGGAGAGGGAGACAAAGCUGAUGUGGAUGUAUUAGUUAAGGCUAAGCCUCAGUAAAGGGCAACAUCAUAUGCUGCUAUCUUUUCAAGCUCUCUGAAGAUCACCAAGUGCUAAUACUUCUGUAAUGAAAAUCUGGAAUUUUUUGAUUCCACUUUUGCUCAUUUAAGGUCUCUUUCAAUGA